AUUGCCAGCAUUAGCCCAAAGUUGAGGAUAAACUGAUUUUGUAUUUUGCCCCUAUUUUAUAAAAACAAUCCCUUAUCAAACAAAGCAAAAAUAUACCCAUCGACUAGAAAACGCAACAAUCAAUCAAUCAAUACCAAUACCAUUCCGAAAAAAGAAAGAAAGAAGCGAGUUCAUCGUGUGAGGAAUAGCGAAUCAUAUCAUGUCGCGGACGCUGGUGCAGCCGGUAGGGCAAAAGAGGCUUACCAACGUUGCAGUGGUCCGCCUCAAAAAGCACGGCACUCGCUUCGAGAUCGCUUGCUACAAAAACAAGGUCCUCUCUUGGCGCUCUGGCGUAGAGAAAGAUUUGGAUGAAGUGUUGCAAUCACACACCGUUUAUUCUAAUGUCUCCAAAGGAAUUCUUUCCAAGUCCAAAGAAUUGCUUCAAGCUUUUGGAACUGAUGACCAGACUCAAAUUUGCUUGGAGAUUUUGGAUAAAGGAGAGCUUCAAGUGGCUGGGAAGGAGAGGGAAUCUCAGUUGUCCAAUCAGUUUCGCGAUAUCGCCACCAUUGUCAUGCAGAAGACAUUCAACACCGAAACUCAGCGUCCUUACACCAUUGGCAUGAUUGAGCGGCUUAUGCGCGAUAUUCAUUUCGCUGUUGAUCCUCAUAGCAACUCUAAGAAGCAGGCAUUGGAAGUUAUACAUGAGCUUCAGAAGCACUUUCCAAUAAAACGGUCACCAAUGAGAUUACGAAUUGGUGUUCCGGAAAAGGAUUUUGCCUCACUUCUGGAGAAACUGAAUGUCUGGAAUGCUAGCAUCACCUCAAAAGAUGAGUCUGGAAGUCAUCCAUCUGUUAUUUGUGAAGUGGAUCCUGGUUUAUAUCGGGACUGUAGUGAAUUUGUAAGCAGUUUGCAAGGAAGGUUUGAAGUCCUUGCUUACUCUGUGCAUGUGGAGGAGGACACCCAUGUGGAUCAUUAUGAUGAUUAUGAUGAUGCACCAUCAGGCCCAUCACGCCUACCCAAGGAAUCUGCUGACUCUGUGUCCCAACUGAGCGAAAAUUUACAAAAGAAGACUACUAUCUCUGGCGGAAAUGGGAAUGCCAAGGUGGAGGGAAAGCAAAACAAGUGCAGCACAUGCAAUGCAUUUUUCGAGGAUGCCAGCGGAUUCAGGGAUCACUUUAAGAGUGAUUGGCACAAGCAUAACGUAAAGCGCAAGACAAGGCAACUCCCUCCCCUUACUGAAGAUGAGUGCAUGGCUGACAUAGAAGUGGAGGAUCUAAAGUCAGAUUUAAAGGAUUAUUCAUUUUAGGAUGGGCCUUAUGCUUUGAGAGCUUGUGCAGGUUGAUCAAUGUCCACAUAUAGAUUACAUGAUCCUAUGUAGUACUUUUAGGCCAAUUUUGACAAGGACAUACUGCAUUCAAUUUACUAGUAAAAGGUGUUUGUGCUGUUGUGUAGAACUCCCUUAAAUCAAAAGAUGUUUGCGUAAUCAAAGCUCACAAGGAUUUGAAUUUA